CUCAUUGCUGUUCAAUCUCUCAGAGCUAUGUAUUUCCUCUUCCCUCCUAUCAUAACAAGCGAACAAUGCCAUCAAUCCCAACCGUCUCUUCCACAGAGUAGAGAGAGAAGGGUUUCCACCGUUCCCGUUCUAACCCCACCGUUCUCCUUCCCAGAAUACCCCCGCUCCGAUAAAAACAUCACCUUUUUUGAUCUUAUCUACACGUUUGGGAAUCUAGGGUUAUGGUUUCCGAAAUGCGCGCCGGCGGCGAGGACCAGAAGGUCUUCUACGAGCUCUGCGCGCUUCUUUUCAGCGUCAUUAAGUCUCCGCCCGGCGCCGUCUCGGUGUCUACGCCUGCGCCUCGGGCGGCCAGGGUUGGGGGCCCUAGGAGAUCGCAGGUGACCCCGGCGGCGUUUGCGUCGCUGCUGCUUGGGGUUUCGCUUGCGUUGAUGCUCUGCGGAUCUGUUACGUUUGUGAUUGGUUUCAUUUUGAUGCCUUGGGUGCUUGGAAUGCUGAUGGUGUUCUACUUUGUUGGAAUUGUUUCCAGCCUUUCGGGAAUUGGGAGGGCGAUCCUUUGCCCCUCGACGCCGACUCCUAAGGACGUGCAAGCAGGGCAGCCGCUCUUCUCCAAACUUCCCAUAUUUUAGCAGAUGAAAAGCAAAACAAGAGCUAGUUGAAGCAGAGUACCCUCUCUGUAAGUCGUCAGUCAUCCUCAAUGGAUAAAUCAUCAGUUGGGUUAAUGGUUGUCAGAUAUUAAUAUAAAAGCUCAGCGUUUAGCAAGAUAUGCCCCUGCUGCUCUCCCAAGUCACACUGCUCAUCCAUUCCUGAUCCAGUGAUCUAUCUCUUCAUUUCUCUUCUUCUCCUUCUCCUUCUCCUUCUUCUUCUUCUUGAGCCUCCUCAGUAGUGAUAUGAUCACAUGAUGAUAUACUUUUAAUCUUCUUUCUCUUUCACAUGUAUAAUAAACUUCUCUGUUUAAGCACCUCCACUCUCAAAAUACAAUGUUAAUUAGCACUAUUUAUUAUUAUUA